UGCCCCUGGGUCCCUGGCAGUGCCCAAGGCCAGGCUAGACGGGGCUUGGAGCAGCCUGGGAACAGUGGAAGGUGUCCCUGCCCUGGCAGGUUGAUGGGACUGGACAAGCUUUAAGGUCCGUUCCAAGGUCAUACCAAAACAACCGCUGGAAUGUUUGUGUAGAAUAACAACGGAAAGUAUUUUUUUCACUCCUAAAUUUGGAACGAAAACAAUCGUGUGUAUCUGUAUAAUUUAUAUACAGUCAUCAGUAUACAGGACUAAUUGCCCAGAGAAUAAAGCCAUUGCAAGUGCCUGAGCCCGCCCUACUACACAGCUGGUGACAAGUAUCUUGUGCAUUUCCGUACGGAAAACGCGUUUGUCCUGCACAAACAACACGUACGGGUUGGAUAUCCGCAGGCUAAAUAAAAUAAAUCCGGAAACAAUAAAAAAACCGGGCGCUUUAAAAUCCGAACCCGGCCAGGCCCCGCCCUGGCCAGGUCCCGCCCCACCAAGAUGUCGGCAGCGAGCGGGCGCUUCUUCUGCACGGCGGGCCGCGGGCUGGAGCCCUUCCUGGCGCGGGAGGUGCGGGCGCGGCUCGGCGCCACCGAGGUGGACUGCGUCUCGGGAAAAGUGUUCUUCAGGGCGGCGGCGGGGCUCGGAGAGCUGCGGCAGCUGCGGUCGGGGGAGCGGCUGUUCCUGCUGCUGAAGAAGCACGGCCCGCUGCCAGUGUCCGGGAGCCGAGGAAAAAUGCUUAAUGAGAUUAAAAGCCUUGUCAUUGAGGACUCAAAAUACUGGCUGGAUAUUAUCUCUGUUUGGAGAAAGUUUCAUGGACACAAGGGGAAAACAGACAAUAGCUCUCAAGAAAACACAUCGGCUCUGAAGAGAAAGUCAGAAGAAGAGACAAAUACUGCAAGUAAAAGGCAAAAAACAGAGCAAGUGAGAGCAAUUGUGUCUGAGGAGUGUCAGGUGGGAGCUGGAGAAACCUGUGAGUCAUCAGACAGAAUGAACAGACAGGAGUGCUGGAUUGAGAGCAGGACUUCCUCAGAAUUCCCUUCCAGAGGCAGUGGAGAGGAUCCUGCUGCCAAUGAGGAGCUCAGCUUCAGAGUGUCUUGUCGUUGCAGUGGAGCAAUUGCCAGAAUACUGACUUCACAGGAGGUCGGAAGAGCCAUUGGCAUGGCACUGGUGAAGCAGUGCGGGUGGCAUGCUGAUCUGCGGGACCCUGACGUGGAGAUCUUUGUACAUCUUAAUGACAUUUACUCUGUGGUGGGGAUUCCUCUUUUCAGGCUGCCAUUGGCAAACAGAGAGUAUAUCAGAACAGCAGGACUGCGGUCAACAGUGGCAUGGGCCAUGGCAUCUCUGGCUGAAAUCAGGGCUGGUGCCCUUGUGCUGGAUCCCAUGUGUGGGCUUGGAAUGAUCCUGCUGGAGGCUGCCAAGGAGUGGCCCGAAGCCUAUUACUGGGGUGCUGAUAUAAGUGACUCACAGUUAGAGGGUGCAGAUGGCAAUAUCAGAGCUGCAGGUUUCAUGGACAAGAUUGAGCUGCUGAAAGCUUCUGUGAAAGCACUGCCAUUGCCUUCAGAAAGCUUUGACAGCGUUAUUUCAGAUAUUCCAUUUGGGAAGAAGUUCAAGACCACAAGUGAUGCCCAGUUCCUGCCAGAUAUUCUCCAGGAAAUGGAGAGAGUUCUUCGUGUUGGAGGGACCCUGGUGUUGCUGCUGAGCCAGGAGCUCCACAAACACGUGGAUGGUUUGACCAGGUGUGCAGGAGCUGACCCUGCUGAUGGUGACAGUGGAGCAGUCCCUGCACGAGCCAUGGAUGGUUUGACCAGGUGUGCUGAAGGUGCCUCUGCUGAUGGUGACAGUGGAGCAGACCCAAGCGUGGAUGGGAAUUUGUCUUCCUUGGCACAGGGAGGUGGAGAACCCAUUAUCUGCAGACAUUUUGGGUCUCUGCUGCCAGAGGAUGUCUAUGCCAUUAGCCUUGGCAAGACUGAUGCUUUCAUACACAAAUACAGGAAGGUGUCUGCUGCUGUGAGCAGCAGAACUGGGACUGGGAGCUGUCCCAAUACUGGGACACUCCCUGGAACUGGGAGCUCUGGGCUGAAGGAACUUGAAUCCUGAGAGGCUUCAGGAGCAGCAGGGCAGGACUCAGAGGAGCUCUGCUGAUGCAGACAAACCCACUGCCAUCCCUUAGAUUGCCUCACAUUCUGCGGAUGUCCCAGGGCACUGUGCUAUUCUCUCCUUAGUUUUUAGGAGAGGUGGAAGAUGCCAGUUCUACUGUAUUGGAUACAGUGAAAGAGGAUAUAGUCUGUUGUAAUGUGGCAGAGUCCUCAAAUCCUUGUUUAGGCAAAGCUGCUCAGUAUUGGGAGGAGUUUCUGUGGGAGAGAAAGUCUUUAUUUGCAGAACUGCAAAUCACAUGUGGUAGCCCAUGAUCUUCGGGCUGCCCACUCCAGCUAUUAAUUUUAAAGUAAUAUUUACAGCUUUGUCUGUUCUAACUAUUCUUAGUGUUCAGGUUGUUCUUAGGUGGAGGAUAGGCAAGCCCCCUGAGAUGCUGAGCAGGAAGGGAGGACAGAAGGAGAAGAAGCAGCACUGACAGCUGGAGCUACAGUUGCAGCCAGUCCUGGGCCCUGGGCCCCGACUGUUUUGUGUGUCCUGCGUCCUCCCUACCCUGCCUCUCCCCCUCUCUUCUGCACUUUUGUGACCCGUUUUUUUCUUCACUGUACCUCUUCUCUUGAUUCUUCUGUCCUAUCAAAAUAGGGCUUUUAGAACUGUAUCAGCAUUAAAGAAAGGGCCUGAGGCAGUACUGAAAUCACUCUUCUUUGGGUUUUAGCAUCCUUUGUACAAAGGCUGAGAUAGCAAAAACCAAAAAUCAUUGCACAUUUUCUGCGAGAACUAAACAUAAAGACUUCUCACUGCUUUCCUAAGCCAUGUCAAUCUGUAGGAACACUGGAGGCCUUUUGGGAAAGGAAAAUUAGGAUAAAAUACUUAAUACAUUUCUGUAUUCUUCUGUGUCAAGCUUUUGACUGAAGAUCGCCUUAAAAAGCAGAGUUGGGUUUAAUAAUGUUUUGUUCAGCACAGUUUCUCACAAAUGUUUUUACUGAGAAAAGGAUAAAAUGGGACUAUGUUUGCAUUUCUAAACACACUUUCCUGUCCUAAAAUAUCUUGUAGUCAUUAAUGUAUAUUUUUGCAGCUGUACAUUCUAUGAUAAAGACUUUCUUUUGGAAAUCAGGGGCAUUUUAGACUAAAGCAAACUUUGUUAUUUAAGGGUAGGGUUUGGGGGGUCGUUUGUGUGUGUUUGUUCAGGUUUCUGGUUUUGGUUUUUGUGGGAACUCAA